CGGAUCAACAUUAAACUAUUAAUGCAUGUUGUGUUGUGUGUAUGUGUUGAGGUUACAGUUUUAUUUAUAUUUAAGUUAAACUCGGGCCAUCGUUACUAUGUGGUAACACGUGAACUCCCACUAACUUAGUUGAGGUUAUUAGAUUUCAUCAUUAUUUAAAGUAGGGACCUAACCCAGGCCUAAUGUCUUCGACUGCUGCAUUAACAUUUAACAAAUAUGAUUUACUAUCAAAGAAAAUAGUUUUGAGCAGCAUAUUUUUUUGCCAAAACUUUGUUACAUCUAAAGCUAUAGACCCUAAAUUAAAAACAAGCAGCCAAGUAACAUGGAAUCAACCCUUAGGAUAUGAAACCAACAUAUCAAUUUACAAUCCUCUUGUAAAAAAGAAAACAAAAUUAGUCUUACAGAAUGAGAAUUGUGUUAAAUGGUAUAGUUGUGGCCCAACUGUUUAUGACUCUGCUCACAUUGGACAUGCAUCAUCCUAUAUUAGACUUGAUAUCAUUAGAAGAAUUCUCUCAAAUGUAUUUGGCCUCAAUGUCUUCUACCUCAUGGGUAUUACAGACAUUGACGACAAGAUUAUUGCAAGAUCAAAUGAAACGAAAGAAGAUUUCCGCACCCUGGCUAAACGAUACGAGGUUGAGUUUUUCCAGGAUUUAUCGAAUUUAAAUGUUCUUCCACCCACAAUGACAGUAAGAGUUUCAGACCACAUUCCAGAAAUUAUAUCCUUUGUCAAGGGUAUUAUGAAGACAGAUAGAGCAUAUAAAGCAAAAUCAGGAUCUGUUUACUUUUCCACCCAGAAGUUUCCCAGGUAUGGGAAGCUGCGUUCUUUAGUGGAUGGAGAGGAUGAGGAGGGGAAGAAAAGCGGAGAGAAGGAACACCCUCAUGACUUCUCCCUCUGGAAGGCAGCCAAGCCACAGGAGCCACAUUGGGAUAGUCCGUGGGGUCCCGGGAGACCUGGAUGGCACAUAGAGUGCUCAGCCAUGGCGAGCAAGGUGCUAGGGCCUAGUCUGGACAUACAUUCGGGAGGCCAAGACCUGGUGUUUCCCCACCAUGAGAAUGAGGAGGCCCAGAGCUGUGUAUAUCACGACACCUCACAAUGGGUCAACUACUGGCUGCACACUGGCCAUCUACAAGUGAAAGGGGAUGUAAAAAUGUCAAAAUCGCUAAAAAACACAAUCAGCAUAUCCGAGUUCCUCAAGACUUACACAAGCAACCACUUGCGAAUGCUCUGCCUACUCUCUCCGUACAGGCAUGGUAUUGAUUAUUCCACCGAGGCAAUGAAAACCGCUGAGAAUUGUUGUCACAGGAUACAGUCAUUUGUUGACGAGUGCCAACUUUAUCUUGCCGGGCUAAAAGGAUCAACUGACAUAGAUGAACCCUUUGUCUUAAAGCAAGUUCAAGAAACUAGGAAGUUAGUUGAAAACUAUUUGGCUGAUGAUUUCGAUACACCAAGAGCUAUGACUGAGAUAUUGAAAUUUGUGACGUCAGUAAACUCCAUGAUUGGGAAACCCGUCAUUGAUGCAGCUUCAAGUAACGUAAAUGCUCGACCUGUCGCUAUAGCUUCGGCAAUGAAUUUUGUCAAAGAUAUUUUUGCCACCUUGGGAAUCACUUUUGCUUCAGAUAAAGGUGGCGCGGCUGAUCACCAGAAGCUCUCGUCUGUAUUGGAUGCCACAAUGGACUUCCGUUCCCGAGUGCGAGAGGUAGCUUUGCACCCGGACAUGGCAGCCGCUGCCAAACCUCAACGGCAGCAGCUGCUUCAGUCAUGUGACCAGUUUAGGGACGAUUUGGCAGCUGCCGGCAUCGAGAUUAAGGAUCAUCGGUCCCAGAAAUCAACAUGGAGUUUGAAAGACAUUGCUGUGACUCAAGAAUAGCCCACAGUAACAUUUCAAUUGUUGGUUAUAUUUUAAAUAUAAUAUAAAG